CUGGACCCCUUUCCCCCCACAGCCUGAAGCACAGGAUGUCUGUCUGCCCUCUGUGUUUCCCCACCCACAGUGUCACCUCAGCAGGGGUGGGGUGGAUGCUGUGACAGGAAGAGUGUGAGUGGGGGCUGGGUGACCCCGGCAUUCAGGGCCAGUCUGGGGCCUGAUGGUUCAGGAUGGGGUCUUCUGGCUGGGUGUUCAUCCUGCUGCAGCUCUGGGGCCUGCAGGAAGCUAUGAGCCUGAGUGUGCAGCAGUGGCCCCCAUUGGUGAGGGUGACACAAGGCGAGGAGAUACUGCUGUCCUGUGGGGUGAAGCAGACUCAGGCCUGGGAGAGGCUGCGUGUGGAGUGGGUCCGGGACAAUGUGGUUUUUUGCCACCUGUUCAUCUCCAAUGGCAGCCUCAACCCUGGGGGCUGUGGGUCUCGGGAACAGCUGUCCUGGUGGCCGCCCACAAACCUCAGCCUGCGACUGGGUCACGUAAGCCUCAAUGACAGCGGGGACUAUGUGUGCCGGGCCACUCUGGAGAUCCCCAAGUUGCAGGAGGCCGAGGGCAAUGGGACCAAGGUCCUGGUAGAGGAAGGUGGCCUCCAGCUGAAGGAGACCUCCCGCCCUUCAGGGCUCCUGUUGAUGCUUCUGGUGGCUGGGUGUGUGGUGGCAGCCUUGGUGGUGCUGGGUGCUGUCUUGUGGGGUCUCAGCAGGUGUCGACGGGAGAGCACCUGCCCAGGUGAGUCUCACGGGCGUCUUGGUACAUGGUGCUACCGCCCCCGUGUGGCAGAGAUGGGAACUGUGUCUUCCUGCCAAGGGAGAUGGGGGAGCGGUGUCACCUUUGAUUUAUGUCAAGUGCCCCCAGGAAAUUCUUUCUAUAGCAAUGUCCUCUACCGGCCCCGGGAGACUCCACACAGGCCUCAGGCCCGGUCUAAGGAGGACACAGCCAGGGACCACAGAGUCCAAGCUAUCUAUUCCACCACCUUCCCCAAGCCUGCCCCACGCCAUCAACUUCCGGUCUCCAAACACAGCCCCAGGCCCAGCCACCCCCAUUGUGCAUCUUCUAGAAGCAAGCCCUAGGAGGUAAGGGCAAGCCACAAGCUGAGAUGGAUCCUCGAAGUCAAAAGAGGCAUUGGAGACCCAAAGUGGACCUGGACAAAAGCUAUGUGAGGGCGGCACUGUUUCUGUAAAGGGAGAGGGCAUCCAACAGCUACAGGCUGAGAUCGAUGACAUGAUCCAGGGACUGUCAAUAAAGGCUCCUUUUAGUACUGUGCCUGGA